AGUAGUCUGCAGAUUGACAAUAUCAUCAAAGAACAACAUAUAACCUAAACUGUCAAAGUAUAGAGACGUCGAAUAGUGUUACUAUUUCUAACACAAAGAGUUUUCAAUAGUUUUUCUUCGAUGUCAUUGAUUAAAUAAUAGUUGGGUAUGUGCUUAAACAUUGUUAUUUGAUAUAAAAUAUAAUUUAUAAAUUUAAUCCUUAAUUAUGUGUGAGUUACCACCAGAAUUAACUACUAAGCCAUUAGCUCUUAUUGGCUUGACUGGUUUAGAUAUUUCAAAUCCUGUACAUCGUUCAAUUUGGGAUGCAUUUAGUAAUAAUCGCAGAUUAGAAAGUUCUGCCAUACAGUUUAAAUUACUUAGUCCUACUCAUGAAUUCCCUACAGUAAAACCCAAGAGAAACUCAUAUGAAUGGUAUAAACCUAAAGGAAUAUUGAAACGUAAUUGGAUGAAUAAAUAUCUUAAUGAAAUUCCAGCUGUUGUUGUUGUAUUUUAUAAUUUAGAUUGGAAUGAUCCACAGUGGAAUGAAAAAAAAAUGGAAUGUGCUUCUAGAGUACAAUCUCUUAGAAAUGCUUUGGAUGGAAGGACUACCAAAAUAGCUGUAGUACUUAUACAACACUGUACACAACCUCCACCUGGUUCUGAAGAUACUAUUGCAACUGAACGUGCUACGGCUGUAUGUGGAGCAUGUGAACUAUCUCCAAAGUUAUUAUACAUUUUACCACAUGGAAAUCAUUUAUUAGGAUAUAUAUCUAGGCUGGAAAGUGCAUUAUAUGAUCUAGCACAAAAUUUUUAUCAUCAUGAAUAUCGUAUUGUCAAAGGGCAUAAAGAUCAACUUAAUAAAACUAUGGAAAAAAAUGCACACAAACAGCAUUUAUUUGUACGUCAUCAAUUUAAAAUGGCAUUUUUAAAUGAAUUAAAACAAGAUCAAAAUUUAGCCCAGAAGCAUUAUACUCAAGCAUAUAAUCACUUAUUGGAAAUACCAAUAACAGAUAUAAAUGUGAUGGAGAUUACAACUGUUGCUUGUUUUAUAAAUUACAAAUUAUGUAAAGUAAUGUUCAACUUAAAUAUUCCUAAAGAUGCUAUAACACAAUUUAGAUUUCAUACUGACAGAUUCAAAACAUGGAUUGGUCCGAAAGAACUUAUAUUUGAACAUCAUGCUUGGAUGUGUAGUCAAUUUUCUACAUUUGCAGAACUAUUUGAUGAUGCUAUUCGACAGGGACUUCCUGCUGUCCAAACUCAGCAUCCUGGCUAUUACUUUCAGUCAGCAGCUCAUCAUGCAGGUUUAAGACAAACAGCUUGCAAAGAACUUUGUCAGAAUGUUACUAGUUAUCCAGAUCCAGAUCCAUUAGCAGGAGAAGAAAAACUUGAAUUCUAUGGGCAACGACCUUGGCGUCCUGGAAAAUUGAGUGCUGAACCUAUAGAUCUUGCAAAAGAAGCUCUUGCUGUUCAGGCUUUACAGUAUAAGGAAAAGUACACAGUUAACCAUUCUAAUAUAAUCAUUGGUUUAUUGGGCAACGCAAUUUCACAAUUUAAAGUAUAUAGAUGUCCAAGAAUGAGGAGAGUGUUAGUUGUACAAAUGGCUGAAGAAUAUUAUAAUUCUAAGGAUUAUGGGAAAGUUUUAACAUUAUUGAUGCACAUGUUGUGGGAAUAUCACGGGGAACGGUGGCCCGUCUUAAUCACAAAUAUCUUAAAGAACGCCUUGCAUGCAGCAUAUCUUUCCACAAGUAUUCAAGACUACAUCACCUUGGCAUUUGAAGCUUUGGGACCUUCCACUACGUUUUCGGAGGAUUUUAAAAGCACUGUUUAUAAUAACAUUAUUAAUAUUCUUCACAAAAAAUCACCAACUCCAGAACCUGAUUUACCCGAUGAUGUGAAAUGUCCCGCAGUAGAAAAGUGGGUAAUGGAACUUAAUAAGUCAGAACCAAUUGUUUUUACAAUUGAUAAUAAUAAUAUGAGUUCAUUUAUAGAAGUUAAAGCAAGAUUUUUACAACCAAAGUAUGCUGUUAAUUCUAUGGUUACUACAGAAGUCAUUAUUAGAAAUUCAUACAGUAAUACUGUGGAGUUUUCUAAAAUAACAAUAACAGUUAAUAGUCCAGGAUAUAAUUCAGAGUUUGUCAUUGCUGAUGCUGAACAUAACACUCUCGUAUUUCGUGGGAAAGAAAUGAAAAAAUUUCCUUAUCAAUUUGAAGCUCUGCAACAAAAUGAUAGUACUGAAAUACGUAUUACAACAAUCUCAUUAUAUAUGAGUAAUAAUAAAAUGUGUUGUAUUAUUUUGAGAUUUUCUGCUGUAGGAAGAGAAACAAAUUUUUUAAGUCAAUUGUAUCCUGAAAUACAGCAACUUCGUAGAGGAGAGUUUGAAACAAUACAACCACUAGUCAGUGCUGAAAUAAAACAAGAAGAAUCUAAUCUGAAUAUAAGUGCUGAAUCCAACAAUCCAGCACUUUUAGGAGAAUGGCUUCCUAUUAAUAUAUCUAUUACUACUAGUGAAAAUAUAUCAUCAGCUUUUUUAAACAUAUCACUUAUGUCUGAUGGAGCAAAUGAACAGUCAACCGAAUUAAGUUUGACGAUGAACAAUAAACAAUCAGUAAUAUCGAUACCAAUUGAUAAUUUGGAAAAAGAUUGCGUUACUCAUCAAACUGUAUACUUAAGAGCUCAUAAAGUUGGUGAUCGAGAUAUUCAUAUAAAGGUAGAAUACUUGAGAUCUAAACAAAUUAAAGGAUCAAAAGAAUUAUUAUAUUCAUUAUCAGUUACAAAGCCAUUUGAAGUAUCAACAUUAUUUUAUACCACACUUUUUGAAUCAUUAACAAAAGGUUUCAUUAAUGAACCAUUUAUAAUAAUGCCUCACAUUUCUUGUGUUUCUCCAUGGCCUAUAAAUAUUAUAAGUACUUCUAUAGAAUUGGGAGAUUCAAUAGAAAGGGAAAAUGAAGAUCAAACAAUAUCCGUUUUAAGUGGUAUUACACUUUCCGAGAAUGAAACAGGUACAGAUGCAUAUUGUUUGAUACCAAGAGUAGGUGGUGAACAACCUAUUAGUACAGGAGUCUAUACCAUUAAAUGGAAACGUGCAAAUGAUAAUAAUGCAUUACAAACAAGCAGUAGUGUUACUUUAGCUCCUUUAAGUGUUGAGGAUGCAGUGAUUGGUUUGGAAGCUAAAUUACCUGCUCAUGGUUGGGUUCGUACACCAUUAUUAAUAUCGUAUUUUAUAAAAAAUCAUUCGGACAAUAUAAUUACACUACGAUUGACUAUGAAAGCUAGUGAUGCCUUUAUGUUUGCUGGGCAGAAACAAAUCGAUAUUUACAUACUUCCGAAAAAUGAAAGAAAAGUUGAAUGGAUUUUACGACCAUUGGUGGCAGGUUUUGUACAACUUCCGUCAUUGUCUUUAACAGUUCCCGCUGAUGAAGAACAUAAAUUAAAUAAAGCACGACUUUCGGAGAUAGUAGAGCGGUCAAUACCGAGUCAUAUAUAUAUUCUUCCAACGUCACAAACUCUAGAAGAAUAAAUAAAAUAAUAUAGAAAGGAAAUACUGAGAGGAAGGAAUUUUGUUCUUUUAAAAAAUACUAUGAGAGAAAGGAAUUUUGUUCUUUUAAAAAAUACUAUGAGAGAAAGGAAU